UAGCCGUUAACAACGAUCACCUUACAAUCAAAUCAACUAUCAAAAGAACCGUUUUUCGUACGUCGGCGUUAUCCUAGUGCGAUUGCGUGCUCACGUGUAUACAUCCUGAUCAGUGCGUGUUGAUCGACACACUCGUCACCUUGUCGAUCGGUACUGUUGACACCCCUAACUAAGCUACUUCUCCCCACAAAAUAGUGCGAAAGGACCCCACAGUGUAUGUGUAUGUGUGUGUGCCCGUGUGCGAAUGAAGAAGGAGCAUGUUGUGCGUGUGCAACGCCUUUUCAACGCCGCUCAGCCAUCCAUCUCAGCCCGCCGUUGGUACCCGUUAAGAAAGAGGAGGUGUUGAUUUUUGUUUUGGGCUGUACGGCAGCAGUACAAGAAGAGCAAAAAAAAAACUAUAAUAAAACACUGUCUUAAAGCGCGCUCCAAUCUCGCUGCAAAUCUGCGUCUUCUCCUUCUCCGUGCACGUGCAGAUAUUGUUCGAGCAGGGUGAAACUAAAAGACCUCUCAGAAAAAGGUGUGUACGAUAUACGGGCACGCAUCCCCAACCAGUGCGCCUCGCGGUCUUUUUAUGUGUGUAUGUGUGUGGGGGGCGGUUGUUAGAAAGAGAUAGAAGAAGGACGGGGGGUAGGAUUUAGCAGGGUGAAAACGUGCGAGAGACACGGACACUGGCACGCACGAAGCGAUACCGAAGCGUUGCCGAACUGCCGUUGCCAGAAACGCAAUCCGUUGUGUAUGCGAGAAAGAGAGCAGCCCGGGUGUAGAGGGAAAGAAUAGGCAAAAAGGCACCGAUCUCUUGGUGCGUGCGCGCGAGUGUGUGUGCGUGCGUGUGAGGAAGUGAGAGGGGCAAAACGGGAAGCUUCGAGCAGGCGGGCAAGAUCUCGGGAUGUGCUGGCGUGACAGAGCGAGAACGAGCGAGCGAGAGAGGGUACCGGCAGCAGCAACUAAUGAACGCCGUUCAGUGAGGCCUUAAUAAUAGUGUUUAGAAGUGGUUAAUUUCGGCUUCAACCGCUCCGCGAGGCAGGUCACAAAAUAUCGCACCAGCUCCAAACGGCAGCGCAGCCAUCGAAAAACCCUUGUGGCCCCUGUUGUGUGUCGUCGUCGGAAGUUUCGUGCAAAAUUUCGCCCACCGUUUGGCAUACGACGGGAAAAAAGCUUCGGGUUUUGCCGUUUUUCGUCGUUGUUGUUGUUAUUUGCCGUUUUGGGCGGGGGGGCACGGCCCCUGUAUUGAUUCUUCCGUCCGUGGUGCUCCAGUUCCGGUUCCGGAUCUUGUGGAGUUUGUGUGUAUGUGUGCGUGUCUGUUAGUGUAUCUCGCGCUGUAGAUCAAUUGUACCUGUGGGGUGUAUGUGUGUGUGUGUGUGUAUGCGUACGUGUGCAUUUCCGUAUCCUUUGAAGGAAAGCAAAAAAGAAAGAAACCGUACGUGUGCAAUGCGAUCGGAUUGACAUGUGACAGCAGUCCUCAAGGACCUCCCAAUCCAGGCGCUUAAGUGUUGACAGUAACGAAAAGUGUCAUCGAGCGCAUGUAAACCGAAAGGAUUUAAGUACCACUCUAACCACAAUCAAACACUGCAUCUCACCAGCGGCUCACAUGAUCGUGAUUGUCGCUCAAAAGAAUCCAACAUUGUGUGUUGCCACAGAACUGAUGGCAAAAAAUGUGUCUUGUUGAGGUGGAUCGAUCAGUGUCAACUCUGUGCACAGUAUAGAGCCUAGGAGGCAAUAUUGGAAUCCGAAAAGUAAAGAUCCUGUGAGCAAUCAGUAUUCCCUGAGCGGAAGCAGUCCUUCCUACGUAGCAUAAGUGUCGGGCGGGGUUACGAUAUACCCGCUAACAUCUUGUGCCCACGGCCACAAAAUGAUGGCUUCACCUAGUUUUAUGACACAGUAUCACAAUCAUCAGUGGAACAACGGUACAACGCAAAGUCAGUUGUCGGCUUUGAAUAUCCUGCCAUAUCAGUACCCUCCUCAGCCACCGUCGGUGAGUAGUCUCGGAUCGGUGGCAUCCGUUGGCUCGGCAGGACUGUCACCAACGCAAUCCAUCGCUUCGUCCAGUGGUGCCGCUAGCAACAGCAGCAGUUUCAGUACCGUCGGUGGUCCCGGAAAUCACGGAUCGGCCGUCGCCCUCGGAACCACUGGAUGUGGUCCGGUUGGUGGUGGAGGCGGAUCGAACACUGCCAGUCCGGACGUAACAGUGGCCGCAGCGGCUGCAGCAGCCGCCUCCAGUGCGGCCGCUUCAUACGGGUUCGGUAUGGUGCAGCAGUCCAGUGCGCUUGAGAUGACCGCAAGACCUCAAGCCAUGCAUUAUCCUUCGUAUGCGUCGUACAGUCCUGCUAGCUACUACAAUAACGUCAGCAUGGCAACCAGUCCGUGGUUUGCACAGGAAACCAUGUACGGAACGGCGGCCGGCUGGCACGGUGCGGACGCGUACGGGCUCAAGCUGGAGGAGUAUUCCCAUCAAACGCAGGCACAGCGCCGUUGUGCCCGCUGCACCUGCCCAAACUGCAUCAACGAGCUGUCCGGCCUACCGCCAGUGGUCGGUCCGGACGAGAAAGGUAAACGGCAGCACAUCUGUCAUAUACCGGGCUGCGAGAAGAUCUACGGCAAAACGAGUCACCUCAAGGCUCACCUACGUUGGCACACCGGCGAACGGCCAUUCCAGUGCAAGUGGCUAUUCUGCGGCAAACGGUUCACGCGUUCGGAUGAGCUGCAGCGCCAUUUCCGUACGCACACGGGCGAAAAGCGGUUCACCUGUACGAUAUGUAGCAAGAAGUUUAUGCGCAGUGACCAUCUCGCGAAGCACGUCAAGACGCACGAAAACAAGGCGAAGAAGAUAGCGAAACGGUCCGAAAAGCUGGAAGAGGCGAAGAUGCGCCGGGAGGAAACGAAAAUGAAGGGACACGAACCAUCAACACCGGUAGUGCCGCGAAAGCUAACGGCCGGUUCGUCACUGAGCAAGCUGCCGUCGUCGAAGCGACCGAAACUGUCCGGUACGGGUCGGGAUGAUACACGACGGGAUGAAGAUACGGCGGCAGAUAGCAGCCUCGAGCAGCAGCAAACGCAACAGCAGCAACAUCAGCAUCACAGCCAGUCGUCCACCAUGCUGGAGGACAUAAACGCCAACAUACGCGUACCUGAGAUCAAGUCGGAGUAUGGUGCAGGCUCUUUAAAUGUCCUAACGCCACCGCCAACGGGCAACUCGCCGACCUCGGCGACGGCAGCGGCCGCCGCUGCAGCAGCCGCUGCUGCAGCAGCUGCUGCCGCCUAUCAGAACUAUCACCACCACCAUCAUCACGUCGCGGCCCAUCAUCAUCAUGCGUCGUACUUCCAGAGUCCCUUCUUCCAGGCGAGUGCUGCCGACGUUGGUACGGGUACCUCGUCCGGGAAAAGUCAUUUCUCCAGCUAUUGUGACGUCGGCAGCGGUAACUUCGUCGGUAGUCACGCCGGCCAUGGAGGGAACAACUUGCGGCUAGCGGGCGUGAAUAAUGCCACCCUAUCAAGUAUGUCGUCUUCUACCUCGCUGAGCUGUGAGAAAUCGUCCGCCGCUACCCAUCGUUCCGGGGGCAGUAAUGCGGGCAACAGUAGCAGUAAUAGCAGUAACACCGCCACAAACAAUAGCAGUAGUACCACAAACACCAGCAGUAGUAGCAGUAGCAGCAGUGCCAUCGCCGAACUCAGCAACAGCUUGGUGAAGCUGGAAGAGUACGCCAACGAACAUGGACUCGGUGGUAGCCGGGUCGAAGGUGGCUCUACUACGGGGCCUUCUACCACCGCAGCACCGGGGAGUGGCAGUAGUGUCAGCUCCAGCAACAGCAACACCCUCAACAACCACGUACUACCUCACGGUGCCCAGCUGUACCAUUCGUUGGCCAGCGAACCGCCGUCCCAUCAUCCGUACCAUCCGUACGCGACAGUGAAAGCCGGUGGUGGUAUGCCAUCCGCCUCCUAUGGAAGCAUCUCUCCUUACGAGCAGGAACAGUCGGCGACCGGUCAGCACCAUGCACAUCCAUCGGCGGGUGUAACCAACUCAGCGUCAUCCCAUCUGGCCUCCACCUACAACAUGAUGAUGAGCAACUAUUCUCUGCAUCAUCAGCAUCACCAGCACCAACAACAGCAGCAACAGCAACCCCAUCACCAUCAUCACCAUCAUCACCAUCAUCAGUCCCAGCAGCAGCAACAUCAGCAGCAACAACUUCUCAAUCAACAACAUCACCACCAACAUCAACAGCAACUUCAACAUCAGCUUCAGCUCAAUCUUACAUCGCAGCAAUCGAACACCGGGGCGACGGCGACCAACGCAAACGCCCUGUUCAAGUAA